AUGGCUACAAACAAACCCCAGUGCGACUCGUGCUUCACUCGAAAGGUCCGUUGUGACAGAGGUAACCCAUGUGGUAACUGCCAGGACAGGAAUGCCAUAUGUUCACGUCAGCGAGUCAUAAAAAGAAUCAAAAGAACCACUCGGCUUGCGGUGAUAGAAAGCAACGGUGAAACACGUCCGAAGUCAUCUCGACCAACCUCAAGAUCCCAAGACGCGCAAAAUCUAUCAUUAGGACCACACGAUAAUUCUGUAGUCACAUCCAACAGAUAUCCCAGGCCGGACUAUCAACAAUAUCGUGGGCCAUCUCCCGGCUCCGAUAAGUCUCUCUCCCAUCAUGAUUCUCAUGUCACCAUUCGAUAUCACCGAGACAAACUGGAAUGGCUCCCCGUCAAUAGCCGCCAGAAAUUGGAAUCGGGGUUGAGGCGGGCUUUUCAACCCUCAGAAAGCUUUGAGGGCUCCGCGCACGUUGCCAGUGAAGUCGCUGUCAAUGAGAAGCAAACAGAAACCCCUUCUAUUGAAUUAUUAGCAUGGAUGAUAAAGGAUAUCAAGGAGGAUAGCUUUGGCUCAUUUGUUGGGGAUUACUUCAGGCAUAUCUGUGGUGCAACACUCGAGCAAAUGGCACUUACCCUCCUUCAUAGGUCUAGGUCCCCUCACGACUUGCUCAUUAGCACUGUUUGUGUCAAUGCCAUGGCCUCUAAAUUUCUGACCACCAUCAUCCACGCUGGAAUUGACAGUGAACUGAUCCACGAACUGGCAAAUAGCCUGGUUCAAUUCCAGACGGCAGCCAAAGCAGCUCUUCAGAACACAGCUCUCUUGAUGAUACCUUCGCUCGGACUCUUGCAGGCACUCCUCUCCGGUAUUUUUCUCCAUCAAGGAUCCGGAGACCUCGCUAUAUGCUGGGAGCUUACCAAAGCUGCCUGCAGGGUGUGUGUAUGCCUGGGCCUUGACACUGUCAUGAAGACAGGAGGCUCUCUGAGCGAAGAGCAGUAUUACUGUCUCGCCUGGUGUUAUAUGCUAGAUACAAACUUUGCUUUCAAGAUGGGGAGAUUCAAAACUUUACUUGACAUUCAUAUUGGUCACUUCACUUUAGGCCUAUUCAGCUAUCGGCGUCCCAUAGCGGACCUCUUCCAGAUUCACAUGGCACUUGCUGGGGUCCAGGCUGCUGUCGUGCCGUAUCUUAAGGGGCGGUCAUCAAUGUCGAUAGGAGGUGAUUUAGCAACUUUGCAUGGAAUCCGGGAACAUUGGUUGGCGGAUAUGCAACUGAUUCAAGAGAGAAUCGAGCACGUCUCCCGUCUGCAUCCGGCAUGGAAAGGGCUAGAUGCUCAAUCUGAAUUAUCGGCUGUUCGAUUCGCCUACUACUCGGUUAUGGCCGCCAUCUUCCAUAUCACGGAGAAUGCAGACAACCAAUCUGGUAUACCCUAG